UUCACGCACGUUUAGAAUUUUUAAUUAAAAUGUUAAGUUUUGUGAAGAAACAUAAACGACAUAGUAUACUUAAUCUUAAUAAAAUUCAUAUUAUAUUUCAUAUAUUUCAGUCGUGUUGUGUUGUGAUGUUGAUGUCUAUGAAAUGAAAACUACGAAAACGAAAACUAAACUACCGUUGUUUUAAUCUUCUUUUUUCUGUCACAUUUUGCUUAUGGUCUUAUGUCAAAUUCCAAACUGAACUUCUCUGGUACAAUUUCGUGUUGAUUCUAUUUACUAAAAAAAACAUAUAUUUUCUUUUAAUAAUUUACAGAAUUCGUAUUAUUAAUGUAGUUAUCUUCUCAUAAAUUGUUUGUGAUCUCGUGUGCAGUGCCAAAUUGAUGUUUCGACUUUACUGGUAUUAUGAAUCAGAUUGAUCAAAAUAUAAACAAAGAUAUGAUUGAUUCUGAUCUAAUCGACGUGGAAUCGUUGGAUUUCUCCGACAACCAAACAUGGUUGUGCAUAAUCCCGGAUGACUCGGGCAACAAAGUGGACAUCGUUGACUGGAAUCUGUCCUGUGACUGGCCAGUUAAUGAAGACAUUGAGUACCAGAAGUUGGAGAAAGAUCUGUUUACAACACUUGACAGUAUAAUUAAAAAUGAAAUCUACGCAAUGCCGGACAAGCACAAAUUCGACUCCCGAACAUACGUCAGACCGAAGCGGCGACCGCAGCGUCCCAGCAUCCAGAGCAUCGUGGAAGUCUCCUCGAACCCACCCUCGAUAUCGCCCAGCUCGUCGCUCAACUCCUCAAACAAAUACCUCACUUACAACAAGUACAGCAUGCCACUAGGGCCCGUGAACCCUAUGUUGAGGCUGAAGACUUUCAAUGUUGAUGUGAACACAGACAAUAGCAAUUCUGUGAAGGAAUAUGCGAUGAAAAGGAGAAGUUUGGUGCAGGAUGAAGACCCACAGUUAGAAGACCUGGAGAUGCCCUCGCCAGAUGGCGACCGACUAGCAGAGCACACCCCUACGAAGCCAAUCAACAUAGACCUCUCGCAACCCGCGCACAAUCUACACAACACAUUCAACAAAGGGCUCACAAACAUGAUGAACGAGCGAGGCAGCCUCAACAUGUACCAGAGCGGGGAGUCGCUGAUGAGAAUGUCCCCUCCAAGCCUCGUCUCCUCUUUGCUGAUGGAAAGUUCGGGCACUUUCUACCCGGAGUCGCUGGAGUCGAAGAAAUGUCCGCCACAUAGGGACGCGGGGCCACCGACCAUCGGCCGCGAGAGCAUAGACCCAAUGAUGACAAGCAUGACUCUAAGUAUUCUUGACGAAAAAGACAUGAGCACGAGCUUCCUAUCACAAACCACGUACCCCGACAACGAUAGCCUCAUGGAUUCCUUACCUCCCAGUCUAGUCAGCUCAGUCAACUCCUCCUACGUCGUCUCCAACACUUCCAAACCAGAGAACAUCUUCAGUUCGGCCACAUUCACACAUUUAGAACAAACUGAACGACUCCUCUCUUCCCGACCGCGAGCGGCCCUCUACAACAGCUUCAAGCGCGAAUCGAUGCCGCGAAACUCCGAAAGCUACACGAAAUCGAAAGAACAAGCGGUCCAAAUUGACGGUGCGAAGAUUUUGAACGAAAACUGUGAUAAAAAAGACUCAUCCAAAUCAACGCCGAAAACGCCCGAAAUGACCGAAACUAUAACUUUGCAUUAUUCAAACAACAAAUUCAGAAAGGACAACGACGCCGAAAAGGAGAAUCUAAACGCGACAUUUCAACAAGACGAUGCGUUCUUCAAAGACAUGGGAAUGCAGAAGGUCGAUUUAGGCAGGAAUAGUUUAAACGUUACACUAGACAAACAGGAAUUGAACGAAAUAAUACAGGCGCGUCAAAAACUGUCACUAGCGCGGAAAGCCUUACCCACGGAGCCGGAUAAAGUUGAUACGUCGCCCAUAAAGACUAUACAGUUACCAAAUCAGACAAUAACAGUGCCGAGGCAGAGUAUGGAGAAUGCGUCAGAGUUGUUGUCUAGGCGGAGAAUGAAUGGCGGGUUCGAUAGACAUGAGGAACCAACUAGAGAGACGCCGAAGAGGAAUGCAACCUUUAAGAAAGUGUCGCCUAGUAAAGCAAUGGAUACGACGGUGGUGUUUGUGAAGGAUGAGCAGAUGAUUGAUAUUAAUUCUGCGACUUUGAACCUUAUUGAUUCAAGCGAGAGGACGCUGCAACAGGAGAAUAAUCUCCAGGAGUGGGGCUCUCAAGAGCGCGCCAUGGUGGGGUCUAGCGAGAGCACGGACACCGGCACCUUCAGCUCGUCCAGUCCGCCCGAGAGCACCGUCGACACUGAACCGGAGACAAGGUUGCAAGUGGCGUCCACGCCCCUUAUGUCAUUGCGAAAGGGGUCGAAAAACGACCUGCUUAACAUACACAGCACCAUAUCACCCAUAUACGACAUGGUCGACGAUAAAUCAUACACGCUCACAAAAGUGCAAAGUCCUAGCUCCGGUAUGGAAAGAACGUAUGAUAUGCACAAUGCUACGGUUGUUAACACUGCUACCAUGGUGAAGAAGUCGGCUAAAAGGGACAUUUUGGCCCCCAAAGGGAGUCCAGAGAAGAAAAUUGUUAGCCCACCGCAUAGGUCGCCGCCUAGUAGAAUCUCACCGAUAAAUACAGGGUCAUACACGACGAUGGCUCCGCCGUCCAACGUUCCCAGAAAAACGAACUUGCCGACCUCCAAACUUAGACAAUAUAGUUCCCACAGGGAGCUUAGCAGGAUACCGGGGGGUAACCCCAGUGGUUUAGUGCGGCCGUCGAGUGGCAAGGCAAUGAUCAGACGAAAUGUCUACGCUUCGAAUCCCGCGCUCAGUCCUACCGCAUCGGUGGCGCCACCUAUACGACGCGACUCCUACACUGUAACUACUGACGCACAGAAAAACGAUGACAAACCUACGCCCGUAGUAACAGCGCCUCCCGCGCUGGUGCGGCAAGGGACGGAAACUUUACGGCGAGAACGGCCGCAGAGUCAACUGGUUGCACCCAGAGAAUUGCGUGUGCCGCACACGACGCCUGCCGGCGGCGUCUCCAUCCGGAGCCAUCAAAUGCCUCCGCCGACGUCGCGGCCGUACUCCGUGGCGGGCACGUCGCACCUGCGAGUGGCGACCCACUCCAGGCUCGGAUCCGUACCCAUACACAAACCUGCCCCUGCGACACAGCCGACACAGCCGACACAGCCGGCUGUGCCGCGGCCGCAGAGCUCGGAGCGCGCGUCGGCGCUGCCGCGGCCGUCGCGGCUGCCCGCGCGGCGCCCGUCGCUCCGGCCGCCAUCCGUGUACUCAGUAGCGCCGACGGCGGACGUCGACCACUACUGACGUCUACUCUGCUGUGCCAACCUGUUGGGCAACCCCUGACAUAACUAAAUUUUCGUAAACUAAAACGACUGAUGUGACCUCGUGUCUUGAGAACGAUUCUACUUUCCUUGUGAUCCGAUACUUCAACGUCAAAAUUUUCAAUGUUUUGACUAUGUAUAUAAAAUUUUAACUUUUUUACAGUAUGACAAAUAGAAAAAUGGAGAAGAAUAAAAACAUAUUAACACAUCUUUUUCCGAAUUAAAAUUAUAAAUAACUUAUUGUUAUCAUAUAAUUUUUCAACUGUUGAUGUUUCGCUAAAAUUAUGCAUGAUUUUGUUUCGAAUUUUCCUGAUCUUAGGUCCGUUCUGAAAUUGGAAGCUAUAGAUUAGUUUUAAAAUAAAUAAAGAAUGGGACCUGAUUUAAUUCAAUUUGACCAAUUGAUACUCAACAAAGAAGAAAGUUGAAUUAAACGAAAAAGUAAUAUUGAGUGACAAUAAAUCAGUGAUUACUUUAGUGUAUGUAUUUGAACAUUUUGUCAAGUAUCGGAUCAAGUAACUACAGUGUAUUUAUUACUAGUUGACAUUAUUUUUUUGUAUAAACAUUUUUCGGAAUUUUUAUGAACGGUUUUGAUUUAAAAAAAUUCGACAUACAAAAUUUUUUUGCGAAAAUUUUGCUAAUGUCCAUUAGCCGAGGCAAAAAAUUUCACUUUUCAAUUAGGAAAAGAUAUAUAAUUUAGCCUCAAUGCAUAUCUCUGAAAGCUCUCUCCGUAGUUCUCAUUCAUGAAGCUCAAAAUUGUAUAAAAUGUAUCUGAAAUACGAUUUGGUACAAAGACAUACAAAUUAAGAUAUUAUUCCUAUAUUAUUUACAAAUAGUGUAAUAGUGUGAGAUGUUAACUUCGGGCUUAGUAAUUUAUUUCAUAGUAAGACAUUUUUGCAUUUUGUUUAGAGAUUGUAAUCGUUUAGAAAUGUGUAAUUUAAUUAUAUGUACUUGUUUGCUUUGUAUACUUUUAAAAUGUAUUUAAAACUUUAAACUAACUUGUGUAAGAUAGUAUUAUUUCAGAGUAUAUUGCACAACCCUGACACAUUUUUUAUAUUAAAAUACUAAAGAAAACAAAAUACUUGCGUCCUGUUCACACCUUGGCGAUACGACAGAAAGCGCACAAAUUACAUGUAUUUUACUUAUUUAAAUAAAAGUAAUUGUACAUUUUGUAAAUUUUAGCUUCGCGUGUACUCAAUAUCGUGUUUUAUAUGUCUGUGUCUACAUAUCGAGAUAAGGGUCAAUAUAAACUUCCAUUUGAUUGUUAAUAUUCUAACUUGUAGCCUACUUACGUGACAUUGCCUGUUAAAAAUUUGAAUACGUUCAUUGUUUAUAUUUUAUAAAUUGACUUCUUACUUUUUCUUGUCACUGUAAAGACUAUUUUAAUACUGUAUUAUAUUCAAUACUAUUGUCAUGGGAAUGAGUUACGCCCCAAUAUUUUUAAUUUUAAAUAUCAAAUUUGCUUAAGUGUCUUCGAAUUCAGCAUAUCUAUUUUACAUCUACAGAUAAACCGGCCAAUCUGUAUCCAUUUUUAAAACUAAGUCUUUUUGCCAUGGCAUUGUAUAUUUUGUAAUCAAUUUAUGUACAAGUCUGACAAAGUGGUGAUAUUAUGCACACACACACACAUAUGUAAAUCGUACGUAUUCUAGAAUUAAUUUAAUACAUUGAAUUAAAGAAAAUAAGCCGGAGAAUGAGUUUUGACAAAUAUUGUUAUUGUUUAAACUGUGCUGUGUGUGUAUCACAUGCUCUAAUUCUGGGCCGUAUCUAGCACUGCUAUGGAUUUCAAACUACAUAUCAAACUUAUCCUAAUACACCAUAGAUUCUUAAAAGAUCAUAUACAGCUAUGCGCUGGCGCAAGUAACUAUGCAUAGUAUUAUUUUUCAAUUAACAAAAUCUUACUGUCUGAUAGUGUUUAAAAACGAUGAAUUCAAAACUUUGUGCUAAUUAGACAAGGUAAAAUAAACAUUAUAUUAUGAGCGGUGUUUAGAUAUAUCCCAGACUUCUACAAGUCGCUGUUUUGUUCGCGCUUAUGAUUGGUGCGUCCGACUUGGUUCGUUGGACACGUCGUGCCUUAUUUAGGUAGUGUAAGGAAUUUUGUUUUCAUUUUCUAAUAAAAUUAUGUAUUUACCC